GGCCUCGCACCGCAAUAAAAUGCCACAAUGGGCAUAUGGAAGAGACUAGAAGUGUAAACAAAGUAGGUCGCAGCCCACAUCACAGUCGCCCCCCACCGUUUGUUUCACCACGUACCCUUUUUCUACUCUCUUCGAUUCUCUCCGGGUGUCUCUCGCUCCACCCCAUUUCCACCAUUUUAAUCAGACUCUGCGCCUUUUUCUCAAUACCCCAUUUUGAUUCUAUUUCAUCUUUGAAGCUCACAAAUCACAGACUAUCCAAGAUACUCUACUAUAAAAGCAUAAGAAAGUUUUUCCAUACUAAGGAUGUCUGAAGCUGAUUCUCAUAGUGACUCACCCAGGCGACGCUCUGGCCUACUAAGGGACCAGGUUCAAGUAGUUAAAAGGAAGAAUUCUGAUCGUUAUGAGAUUGUUCGAAUUCAGGAUCCUUUGUCCUUUGAAAAGGGGUUCUUUAUAGUGAUUCGUGCAUGCCAGUUGUUGGCUCAGAAGAAUGAUGGUAUAAUAUUUGUUGGGGUAGCAGGACCUUCAGGGGCUGGAAAGACUGUGUUCACUGAAAAGGUUCUCAACUUCAUGCCCAGCAUUUCGGUCAUAACCAUGGACAACUACAACGAUGCCAGUCGUAUUGUUGAUGGAAACUUUGACGAUCCACGCCUGACUGAUUAUGAUACUUUACUACAAAAUAUCCGUGGUCUGCAAGAAGGGAAUCCUGUUCAAGCUCCUAUAUAUGAUUUUAAAUCUAGCUCUCGUGUAGGAUACAGGACAAUUGAAGUCCCUAGCUCCCGCAUUGUUGUCGUUGAAGGUAUAUAUGCCUUGAGUGACAAACUUCGGCCUUUUCUGGAUCUCCGUGUUUCUGUUACUGGUGGAGUACACUUUGACCUUGUGAAACGGGUUUUCAGAGACAUUCAACGCGCUGGACAAGAGCCUGAAGAGAUAAUUCAUCAGAUUUCAGAAACGGUAUAUCCCAUGUACAAAGCUUUUAUAGAGCCGGAUCUACAGACAGCACAUAUAAAAAUCAUCAACAAGUUCAACCCUUUUUCUGGUUUUCAGAAUCCUACAUAUAUAUUGAAGUCAACAAAGGCAGUGACUGAAGAUAAAAUUAAAGAAGUUAUAUCUGACGAGUACAAAGAACGUACCGAGGAAACGUAUGAUAUAUAUCUUUUACCACCUGGUGAGGAUCCUGAAGCAUGCCAGUCAUAUCUUAGAAUGAGGAACAGGGAUGGAAAAUACAAACUUAUGUUUGAGGAAUGGGUUACCGAUAGUCCAUUCAUCAUAUCACCUAGAAUUACUUUUGAAGUAAGUGUACGCCUUUUGGGUGGGCUAAUGGCAUUAGGGUACACCAUUGCAACCAUCCUGAAAAGAAGCAGCCAUAUAUUUUCCGAUGACAGGGUGUGUGUAAAAACAGAUUGGUUGGAGCAGAUAAACCGAAAGUAUGUUCAGGUACAAGGAAGAGAUCGUGCACAUGUCAAAUUUGUAGCAGACCAGCUAGGCUUGGAUGGUUCAUAUGUUUCUCGCACCUACAUAGAACAAAUUCAGCUGGAAAAGCUUGUUGAUGAUGUUAUGGCGUUGCCUGAUGAUUUGAAGACAAAGCUUAGCAUAGACGAUGACAUUACAAGCCCGAAAGAAGCCUUAUCCCGGGCCUCUGCAGAUCAAAGAAGCAGAUAUCUCAAUCGAUCACACUCUCUGUCAGCACGUGACAAGAAACUACCCAGGCUGACAAAACUUGAUGUAAAUAGCAGAAGAUUUGAUGACAGAACCCCGGAAUCACCAGCUGCACUUCCGAAGCAGGGUGUGAUCACUCAACUCUCGGAACAAAUUACUACACUAACUGAAAGAAUGGAUGAGUUUACUUCCCGUAUCGAGGAGAUAAAUUUCAAAAUCUCAGCCACAAAUGCAUCCUCUAGCCAACAAAAUUUGGCUGUGCAUGCUGAAAGCUGCAAUGGUACCGCACAACCUGCCCUGUUCAUGGCUGGCAAUGGUGCAAUGAAUGGUACACUACUUCCUAGUUCUGCGUCCUCUUCUCAAUUAGCAAGGGAAUCACCAAUUAUGGAAGAGAUUUUGCUCAUUGGAAGGAGCCAACGCCAGAUCAUUCAUCAAAUUGAUAAUAUGAAUAACAUCCUGAGGGAAUACUCUGAUGAGAGGUCUCGCCAAGGAAGAACAGACAGCACAGGCAACAUCACAUAUGUCGAAUCAAUUGGCAUUCCUGCAGUUCUUGGUUUGGUGAUCGGGGUUUUUGGUGUCUUAUUGUACAGGAGUAUGGCAUCACACAAGUAAAGCUUGCUACACCAGAAAGUAGUUCCUUGACGCAACAUACCAGCAGAAGUACCAGCAUCACUUUGUCAUGGUCUUCAUCCAAAUAUAUAGGAAAAAGUUGAGUAACACAUACUGGCUGUCGUACCAAAAAGUUGAAUGCAUAUUCUCUGUCGUACCAAAAAUUGCUGCUCUUUGGAAAAACAGAUAAAUAAGCACACUGCAGCCUGUUCCUUUGCUGAUAAGUGUUUAUUGACAAAUUGAACUUCUUUCUGAAUUGAUUUCAGUUUCUCCGGAAUUUGGUAUACAAAAGUCACCCAAAAGGAAUAGGUUAUAUUAGGAAGUGAUUGAUGUAGGAUACUUUCUUACACAAACCCUAAUAUAGAUCUAGUGUAAAUAUUUCACUGCUACAGAACCAAGCUUUUCAAUCCUAAUAUAAAGUUUUUUGCUGGU